AUGGACGAAGAGCGCGUGGAACGGGAAGGCCACCGCCUCAAGAAGAAGGCGAAGCAUCGUGAUGAAGAGGGGAAGGCGAAGGAUAAAUUGAAGCGUCGCACAGAUGAAAAGGCAACUGAGGCUGAUUCGGUCGCAGAAAAAGUUAAGGAGGAGGCUGUGGUAGGCGCUGCGGAGGAGAAAGAAGGCCACAAGCGCAAGAAAGGGAAGGGCCGCAGUGAGGAGACGAAGAGCAAGGAGAAUGUUCCAGUCGUUUCAGGUAGCAUAGAGAACGGUGUUGGUGAGGAGCAGGCCAAGAAGUCGGGCUCGAUGGCGCCUUGUUCGGAGGGUGCCAUGAACAAAGACAAUGUGAAGAAAGACAAGAAGAGAAGGAAGGAGGAGAAGAAGAAAGAGAAAGAAGCUGAUAUGACUGAGCAGAAGCAGAGUUUUGAUACUACUGUUGGUAAGGAGCAAGCUGAAACUUCUGGCUUGAUGGAGGUAACGCCCUGUUUGGAGCUCGCCCAGGGCGAUAUGAGCAAAGACAAGGUGAAGAAAGUCAAGAAGAAAAAGAAGGAAGAGAAAGAAGCUGAGAAGACUGGGCAGCAGAAGCAGACAUUUGAUACUACUGUUGGAAAUUCAGGGGCAAAGUAUGCAGAGGGAGACAAGGUUGAGGGAAAACAGUCUAGCAAGGCAAAGAAGAGCAAACGCAAGAGUGAUGAUGGUGCACCUGCUGCUGAUCAAAUCGUGACAAGAGAAUACAAGAAGAAAAAGAAGGAGCAUUCAGUUGUGCUGGAAGAGAGCAGCCAAACCGAAAAUAGCAAUGAAGGUGAGAAUAGAGAGAUUAAGAAGGGAGGAAAGGAAAGGAGUAAAGCCAGUCCAGACUUUAGUGAGAAUGCAUCUGCUGGGGGAGAGGAAGCUGGUGUAGAUGGUAAUGAUGAUAAGAAGAAAAAGAAGAGCAAGGGGAUUGGAGGAGGGAAAAAAGAGAAAGAAAAGUCAGUUCGGUCAACAAAGGGUAAGCAGGUGAGUUUUGCUGAUUCCGCGGAGAUGUUUAGAACCGAAGGUGGUGAUGGGGAGGGGAUUGGAGGAGGAAAACAGAAGGAAAAGGCAGCUCUGUCAAAGAAGAAAGGUAAGCGGGUGAGCUUUGCUAAUUCUGCGGAGGUGUUUAGCAUUGAAGGUGGUGAUAAUGAAGAGGAUGGCAUCAGCAAUGAAUCGAAAAGUGUGCAUGGUCGAUUUACCCCAGAGGAAGACGCCGCCCUCAUGGAAGCUAUGAGGGGUUACGCAGAGCGAAAUCGUUACCCCAUAGACCUUACUUGGCCAUAUACAGGCGAGCACAUACAUUACUCCAUAGGAGCACCGGAUGUAAAUGGACAGAUGAAGAAAAAGAGCAGAUUCGGCGAUUAUGUAGGAGUUAAAAAAUUGAAAAGGGAGGGACAACAGUGGUCUGAUCUGACCUGUCUGACAUUGGAGCAAAAUCUGAUGGUGACAAAGGUUAGUUGCAUUGGUGAGGGUGGUGACUGGUUUGUCGAGAAAAAUGGCACGGAUUGGAAAACACUGGCACAGGAACUUGGAAAGAGUGAGAUCCAUGUAAAACAUGCUUGGAGAAGAAUAAAACCUAAGAAGAAAAAAGGUGCUGAUGAUGAAGAGGAUGUCAGUGGUGGUGAAUCUGAACUUGUACAUGGACAUCGGUUUACCACAGAGGAAGAUGCCAUCCUCAUGGAAGCUAUGAGGGAUUACGCAGAGGUUGCAUCUCUUGCUUAUAUUUUUUGCAUUCAUGUGACACUGAAACAACUGGGAGAGAAAGGCUUAGAGAUGAUUGGGUCUUGUAGUAAAUACCCAGAGCUCAAGGGUUGUUGGGAUGAUAUAGGUAGACAAGACUCCCAACAAGGUGACAUUAGCGUGUCGGAUCCGAAAGACGCUCACCUCACCAUCAGAAGCCCGGAGGUGGACGUUGAGCUCCAUUGGAGCCUGAACAAUGUGCUCAUCCGCAAGAGCAGAGCAAGCAAGAAGAUCUUGGAUGUACUUCCAUUGGGAUAUCAAGAAGCCAUUGGAGGACGUUGGACUCAGGAUGAACACCAAAACUUGUUUGAUUUGGUGAACCUUGACUUGCGUCUGAAAGCCCAUCAAAUCAAAAAUCCUGAUCAUCGGCUGCUAAGAGAUAACAUUUCCUGGGAGGCCAUCAGUGAUAAAUUGACCACCCGUAAUCACAAGAAUUGUUGCCUCAAGUGGUACGAAACAUUAGCAUCUCCGAUGGUCAAGGAAGGAGUCUGGGCUGAUGUUGAUGAUUAUCUACUGGUGGAAGCGCUUCAAAAGGUUGAUGCUGUCUGUAUUGAAGAUGUUGACUGGGACAGCCUACUUGAUCACAGGUCUGGGGAGGUUUGUCGUCAAAGAUGGAACCAGAUGGUCCGCGCCAUUGGUGGCCACAGGGAGAAGCCUUUCAUCGAACAAGUGGAAGUGCUGUCGAGGCGCUACUGCCCAGAAAUGAUUGAAUACAGGAAGUGA